AUGUCGUUUGAUUCAACCUCUCCGUUAAAUUCUGCAGAUCCCAAUGCCCGCUUCGUUAGCUCCUCGUGCUUCGAUUUCCUGCUCAUAGAGCUGGUACCCAUGGCUGAGCGCAUGGCCAAAGAACUCGCGACCGAGGGCAAGGACUUAGAGGAUGAGGAGGUCAGAGAAACGACAUUCUUUCGUCUAGAGAACCUAGGCUAUCGUGUGGGACAAGGUCUUGCGGAGCGUUUCGCUCGAGACCGACCUCGCUUUACCGAUAACCUCGACGUGAUUAAGUUCCUCUGCAAGGACCUAUGGACCGUUCUAUUCAAGAAACAGAUUGACAAUUUGAAAACGAACCAUCGGGGAGUCUACGUUUUGACAGAUAGCGCGUUCCGGCCAUUCGGGAGGAUGAGCAUGGCAGUGCGGAGUGAUGCGAUCUCCAUGGCACAGGCGUACCUUUGGUUCCCCUGCGGUAUCAUUCGGGGUGCGUUGGCAAACCUGGGCAUUCACACCACCGUCCAGGCCGAGACGUCAGAUCUCCCAGGUGCAACGUUUCAAAUCAAAACCCUCCAGCCUCGGCCUUGA